AUGCUCAUCAAGUACCGCCGCUUUAGGCGUAACUACCUGCGCCCACUCCUCUUCGUCCUGUUCUUCCUCUUCUCUAUCGAUGCUAUAUCCCUAGUACGCCACCGUCCCGAUACUUACCGCGAGAACAUACACGUCGAUCGACAAUCCGACUCUUCUCUCCCGAGAAACACCAGCGUCUUCAUUGCAUCGGUACAUCGCAAUACCGAACCGAUACUGCGAUCAACAUGGAACCAGGCGGUGUUAGACUUAGUCGACUUCUUCGGUCCUGAAAACAUUUACUUGUCGGCUAUCGAAUCAGGGUCCCAAGAUGAAACGAAAGAGGCAUUGAUGGACUUGAAGGCAGCUCUUGAUCAGAGAUAUGUUUCCAAUACAAUCAGUUUGGGGAUGACGGUUUGGGAGCAGUUGGAAGAAAUUGACACGCGACCGCCGCCAGACGCGCGGGAGCCCGGAUGGAUUUGGAAUGCUGCACAAAGUCAAUUCGAACUACGCAGAAUACCUUACCUUGCCAAGGUUCGAAACCAAGCAAUGGAACCGCUUAAGCAGCUGCAGAGUGAAGGAAGAGAGCUCGACAAGGUUCUCUGGCUGAACGAUGUUGUAUUUGACACCGAAGAUAUCGUCACACUGUUCAACACUCGUGACAAUAAUUACGCUGCUGCGUGUGCUAUGGAUUACAAGGUAGCACCCUUAUAUUACGACACAUUUGCUCUACGAGACGACAUGGGCUUAAAAACUAUGUCCUUAUAUUGGCCUUGGUUCCAAUCUCCUAUUGCGAGGGCGGCGGCUGAGCGCAAUGCACCUAUCCGUGUAACCUCAUGCUGGAACGGAAUUGUAGUGUUUGAUGCGAGACCCUUUUACGCCGAUCCACCUCUACGAUUCCGCGGCAUCGAUGAUAGUCUAGCAGAUCUGCAUCUUGAGGGUUCAGAAUGCUGUUUGAUUCAUGCCGACAACUACCUCACGGCUAAGAAGGGCGUAUGGCUUAACCCGAAUGUUCGCGUUGCCUACGGCGUCAACGCAUAUAACCAGGUUAAGACGAAUCGAUUCCCCAAUCCGUUCUGGACGGUCAUAGGGGCGUGGAUUAAUCGGUUGAAUGGCUGGCACGUCGCCAUCCAAACUCGAUUGGAAAACCGAGUAGUGCAGACCAGAUUAGAACAAUGGAGGUCAGAAACUCCGAAUGAAGGCCCACAGCGGUAUGAACCAGGAGACGCGUGCCUCAUCAACGAAAUGCAAAUAAUGUGGUCAAACGGAUGGAUGCACUUGUAA